AAUUACCUCACGUCUAUGACUAAGACUUGGACCCAAUUUGUAUACUGUCGCUAUGUCAGAUGUUUACUUGUACAUUUAUGAUCUUUCAGGUGGCCUAGCUAGUGUUUUUGGUCCUGGUCUCUUGGGCAAGAAAAUUGAUGGAAUAUGGCAUACUGCUGCCGUUUUGUAUGAUAAGGAAUUUUUCUUUGGACAAUCAGGAAUUCAGUAUUGUCAGCCAUGCUCAACCUCUUUAGGAAAUCCAUUAAAAAAGCAAUUCAUGGGGAAGACAUCGUUGUCAGAAUCUGAAAUUUUCAAUUAUUUAGAGCGACUAUCCAAUACAUCGUUCAAACCAGGCGAUUAUUCGCUUUUUGAACAUAAUUGUAAUACUUUCAGUGAAAAUUUUAUAUUUCACUUAACUGGACAGCAUAUCCCAUCGUAUAUAUUGAACUUGCCUAAUGAAGUUUUGUCUACACCAUUUGGAGCUUCAUUAGGUUCAGCUUUGAAUGUUCUGUCGGUUGGAAUCAAUUCCAAAACACGUUUGAAUAGUGUUAAAGAAACUUCAUCUAAUAACGAUAAACAUACAUAUGCUGAUAUAAUCAAAUCUUUUCGACCAAUAUUUUUUGAUGAACCUUUAUCCUCAGAACUUCUUCCUCAUCGUGUAUAUUUGUUAUGGCCAUCUGGGGAAAAUUCAAGUUUACCAACUUUGGCUUCAGAAUUAUCGGGAGUACUACUUCAUGAAAACACGGAAGUAAAGUGUGCUGAAGAAUGUUCACCUCUACUUGCAUUAGAUGAAUUGAUUACGGGUGAUCAAUGUCGAGCAGCAUGUGAAUUAUUUCGUUUAGCUAUAUGGAAAGAUCCUAAUAUAUUGAUGAAUUUGUUCACUGAUCCAAGACGUUUAUUGCACAAAUUAAGUACAGUUAAAACACCAUAUGUAAAAGCAUGUGAAUUUUACGAUGUUGAAGCAUCUCGUGCAAAAUUACUGUGCAACUGUUUAGGUUUAUCAUUGAACUGGAUAAUUAUGCGUGAUAAUGAUAUGAAGCUAGAUAUCAAUAGUAUUAUGCAAAUUAGUUUAACUCUGUUAAAUCAUGAUGUUGAAAAUCAUUUAUCCAAAGAGAUUAUGGGAUCCGCUUCCACACCGUCAACAGUACUAACACCUAAUUCUUUACCAAAUUUAUUGCCAGAACAUAAACUGGUCGGUUUAGCACUAGCUCAUAAUAUUUCCUUAUAUCCAACGCUCAGUGAAAAUGAAGCGUUAGAAUUGGGAAGUUACUUGUUACAUCUAGCUGUAACAAGUGAAAAAUCAUUUAAAUAUCCAAUCGAUACAAUUUAUUUACUUCGUACAAUCUACUUCUUAGCAGUUCGAUUUUCAAGUCUUGCUGACUUAGCCAAAUGUUAUGAUAUUGAAACACUUCUUCAUAAACUCAUUAAUGAAAGAUACUACUCAAAUCAUAAUGUAAUCCCGUCGUCGUCAUCAUUAAACUCGUCAACUGUUCCAAACGAACACAAACAGCAGGGUGACUACAAAACUAGUUUACCUCAGACCACAAGAACAAGCAAUCCUUUUCAACCUUCAAAGAAUAUAGAUAGUAGUAUUGAAUCAGAUUCAUUGACAACUUUCGACUACUUGAUCGCUUCAAAACUGCUGAAUUUCUUAUCAAGUAAUUGUGAAUCAGAUGAGAUAUAACAAAGCGCCAAUAAUUUUUGAAUAAUUUCAAAGAGAAUAUACUAUUCUUGUUAAUUUUAGGAAGUGACUUUUUAUUUGUAUCAUUUUCAAUACCAUCAGCACCAUCAUCAUCAUUACUGUCAUUGUUAUUACUUGAAAGUGAUUUACGUUUUUUCUUCCACCGAUUAAUUUUCAAUUUUCAUUCUACUUUUUGUUCCCUUCUCAACGUCAAUUAGUUUAACCCUCGUCUAAUAUUCAUAUUGCUCAUUUUCUUUAAUGACAUUGAGAAUAUUAUAUUUUACUAUUGAAAAUAGACGGCUUUUUUCUUACAUUUCUUCUUAUUUAUCGUUAUAUUUAAUUGUUUCAUUUUGUGUGUAUGUGUGGUUUUAUCAUUGGUUGUAUUAGUGAUAUCGAUGCCGAAUCGUUGUCGACAUAAUGCAGUUGACUUGGUCUUUUUCACAAAAUAUUUGGUUUAUAUGAGUAUAAGUGGUUUAUAAAUUAGGAG